AUGAAGCAGCUGGAUAACGGGAAAGGGCGCAGGGUCCACCCAACCCCACUAACGGGGGCAGCGGCGACGCGGGACCUCCUGGCUGCGCUCCCAGCGACGGUGCUGGCCCUGGCAGCGACGCUGACUGCGGCGGAGCAGGAGGUCCUGGCGUACUUGCUCUCCGGAGGAGGCGGCGGGGGGAGGUGGAGGGAGCGGCGGCGGCGGCGGGCUCACCCGCCGGAGCUGGGUUGCGGGUGCUUCGGUUGCUACAAGAGCUUCUGGGCGCGGUGGGACGCGUCGCCAAAUCGACACGUCAUACACAGGAUCAUCGACAUCGUGGAGGAGAGCUCGGAGGCCAGAGAGCUUGACCGCGGGAGUGGCAGCAGAAGGAGAAGGCGGAGCGGCCGCGGCGGGAGGAAGGACGCUGGCUUGGCGGCGGAGGUCGCGGCAGCUGGGGUGGAGGAGAGCUUGGAGGUGGUGGGGAUGGGAUUCUCCCGGUUGGAUGGAGGAUGCUUGGCGGACGAUGAUGGCGAGGACGGUGAUGAUGAUGGAGAGGAGGUAAAUGGUGGCAGCAACAGCAACAACAACGCUAAUGGAGGUUGCAACUCUGUGAGGAGAUUCAUGAGCUUCAUUGGGGAAAGAGUUUGGGGAGCUUGGAAUUGA